UUUCUUGUCUUUCUGUAAUAGUUUGCUUUUUGUCUUUUGAUUUUCUCUUGCUGGUCUCGAUACCUGCUACACUCAAGCUCUGAAUCCAUAGUUUUUUGCGUGGACUCGCGUUCCUCUCUUACUUCUCGUCUCCAAACAACUUAAAACUAUAGAUAUGUUUGUUAUCUUAUAGUUUUUCCUUCUUUGGUUUCUUUGUUAUGUUAUAAACUUAUAAUUGUGUAAAUUAAAGCUUAUUUUGUGGAUUGUUUGCGAGAUUCGCUUCCGGUUUCCAAACUGCUAUCAUUCUACAUGAUUGACUUGUUCUUAACUCAUACCGUAGUUCUGAUGCGUCGGUUUCAAAUAAUUCAUAAUUUUUGUUGAUCGAAUUUGGAACUUCACGCAAUUGAUCGGUUCUCAACUUCAGAUUGUUCAGAUGCGACGUUUUGAGCAAUUUGAGUUUCAUGUUAAUCGAAUUUGGACCUUCCUUAGCUCUGGGACUAGAGGGAGGACCUGAUCCAAACUGGUUUUUGAUUAUUAUUAUCAAAUUGGGAAAAUAGAAAUGCAUUUGACUUCGAUAGGUUCACCGUUGACGUUCAGAGAAAGAGGGAAAUGGUUAAGAUUUAUGGGGAAAUUUUAAUCAGUUGUGCAUUCAUCUUUUUCUUUUAUUAUAUCUAUCUAUAAUCAUGGACUUGUAGCAUAUUAUUGCUGAAUAGACCACAUUCUAUGCUGGUUGAGAAGGCCUAGAAAAGUAUUUACCUUUUGUGUCCAUUUGUGGGUUUCUGAUGGAUGAUGCUGGGCAUCGUGAAAAUGGGAGGCACAAAGCUGAUCAAUAUAAAUCAGCUCAGGGACAGUGGUUGAUGCAACAUCAACCUUCGAUGAAGCAAAUUAUGGCAAUUAUGGCUGAAAGAGAUGCAGCCAUUCAAGAGAGAAAUCUAGCCCUUUCUGAAAAAAAGGCAGCCAUGGCAGAGCGUGAUAUGGCAUUCUUGCAACGAGAUACUGCCAUCGCAGAACGGAACAAUGCCAUUAUGGAACGAGAUAAUGCAAUUGCUACCCUUCAGUAUCGAGAGAACUCCAUAGCCAAUGGUAGCAUGUCUUCUUGUCCUCCAGGAUGCCAAAUUGCCCGAGGUGUCAAGCAUGUGCAUCAUCCUCAGCAACAAGUACACCAUUUACCUCAUAUGGGUGAUACUUCUUACAGCACACGGGAAAUACACACUGGUGAUGACCUUCCAACAGCGUCCAUGCCUAAUGAAACAGGGAAAUCACGGAGGGCCAAGCGACCAAAGGAUGGUAAGUCAGUUUCACCUAGUAAGAAGGCACCAAGAGCUGCAAAAAAGGUCAAGAGGGAGGGUGAAGACUUAAAUAAGAUGAUGUUUGGCAAGGGCCAUGAGUGGAAGAGUGGUCAGGACAUGGUUAAUGGAGGUGAUGAUCUUAACAAGCAGUUAGGGUCAUCGAAGGCAGAUUGGAAAGGUCAAGACUUGGGGUUGAACCAGGUAGUGUAUGACGAGUCAACAAUGCCAGCACCUGUAUGCUCUUGUACCGGUGUUCUGAGACAGUGCUACAAAUGGGGUAAUGGGGGCUGGCAGUCUGCUUGUUGCACAACAACUCUGUCAAUGUAUCCACUUCCAGCUGUACCCAACAAGAGGCAUGCUAGGGUUGGUGGGCGAAAGAUGAGUGGAGGCGCUUUCAAUAAGCUGCUUAGCCGGCUUGCAGCAGAGGGCCAUGAUCUGUCUAACCCAGUUGACCUGAAGGACCAUUGGGCCAAACAUGGCACAAACCGCUAUAUCACAAUCAAGUAGAUUGCUCUAAUCUUUUGAAUCGAGAGGAGCAAUAAAUAAAUAGGGAACAACCUCUAGUAAUCAACUGGAUUUCCGAGUCAUGCAAGGUGGGAAAUAAGAUCGUAAAAAGGUAAGCAGGGAAGUUAAUGAUUAAGGUACGGUUGUGCCCGAUAGAUAAUGUAUUUAGGGUAAAUAGUUCUGCAGAACAUCGGUCAUGUGGCGAUUGAAGAAAUGGCAUAUAAUCAUUGUGGUCACUUAUCAGCCAAGAUGAUGGUCUGCUCCGGUCAGUAGCAUGUAAAAAAGUUGUGUGGUUGUUGUUUAACUGUUAUAUAGUCCUGAUAUUUGAAUCCAGUAUGUUAGCCCAAAUAAGUGUAGAAAAGUAUUGUUCCCUUGGAACCCUAUGAACCAAAUUAGUAGUAGUAUGUGUAACAUGUAAACUUUAUUUUUGAAUGACAAUCGUCUCUCCUAAUGGAGCCGAAUUUUAGAGGCA